GGGCCGGCGGCUGGGGCCGGGCGGGGGCGUGGCUGCGGGGCCGUGGCCCAGUGCCGGGGGCUGUCGCGGAGCAGGGCCGCAGCGGCUCGGGGCCCACCUGCCGGAGAAGCCGUGCCCGGCUCCUGUCCUCCUCCCGCGGCGCUGCGGGAUAUUCUGAUGGCUAUGGCAACCACAAGAAAUGUAAUGAGAGCUGUCAGAGUGUUUGAAUUUGGUGGUCCUGAAGUGCUUAAACUCCAGUCAGAUGUUUUAAUUCCUGUCCCAAAAGAAAAUCAGGUAUUAAUUAAAGUCCAUGCCUGUGGGGUAAAUCCUGUUGAGACAUAUAUUCGUUCUGGGAAUUACGCUAGAAAACCAGCUUUACCGUAUACUCCUGGCUCAGAUGUGUCUGGUGUGAUUGAAAGUGUUGGGGAACACGUGACAGCAUUCAAGAAAGGAGACAAGGUUUUUAGCAUUGAUACAAUCUCUGGAGGUUAUGCAGAUUAUGCAGUUGCUGCAGCAAAUCGAGUCUUCCCUUUGUCGGAUAAAUUGGACUUCAAACAAGGAGCAGCAAUUGGAAUACCCUACUUCACUGCUUAUCGUGCUCUUUUCCAAAAAGGCCAUGCCAAAGCAGGAGAAAGUGUUUUAGUGCAUGGUGCAAGUGGGGGUGUGGGAAUAGCAGCAUGUCAAAUUGCCAGAGCUUGUGGUUUAAAGGUUUUGGGUACAGCAGGAACUGAGGAAGGCAUGAAUAUUGUUCUGAGAAAUGGUGCUCACCAAGUAUUUAAUCACAGAGAAGCUAAUUACAUUGAUAAAAUAAAGGAAUACACAAAAAUGCAAGGAGUUGAUAUAAUAAUAGAAAUGCUCUCCAACAUCAAUCUUGCUACUGACUUGCAUCUGUUGUCCUGUGCAGGAAGGGUGAUGGUUGUGGGCUGUAGAGGUACCAUUGAGAUAAAUCCAAGAGAUACUAUGAGUAAAGAAUCUAGCAUAAUAGGAGUUGGUCUGUUUCUUGCAACUGAGGAAGAGAGGCAUGAAUGUGCAACAGCACUUCUUGAUGGCAUAGAAGCUGGCUGGCUGAAACCAAUUGUGGGCUCUGAAUAUCCACUGGAGAAAGUGGUUAAGGCUCAUGAAGACAUUAUUCAUAGCAGUGGUGCUCGAGGAAAGAUGGUGCUCCUUCCAUAAAGUCUUCUUCCAUAUAUUCUAGCUGUUCUAACUGCACCUUUGCUUAUAUGAUUCAUUGAAUAGAUUUUAUAAAAUAUACUUUUGAUCAGGUUUGAGAGGAAUAGUAAAUACUAGAUUACAUUAAUUAAUUACAUUGAUUCAUUAAUCUGUUAUAUUUUUCUAAUUAAUGGAGUUGGGCAUACUUUAAUUUUUGUAACUUUUUUGGCUGAUGUGGAAAUAAUAACUUGUCUCUGCUGA